AUGGCAGAGAGUAUUGCAGUAAGAACUUUAGAAAAGGCGGCAGACCCAAUUUGGACAAACUUACCUAAUACUAUUAGCAUCAAUGAAAAUAUUGCUGCAUCAACAUCAAUUUAUCAAGUAGAAGCUACUGACGCAGACGGUGAUAUUUUAACCUACAAACAACUUCCUAAAAAUACAAACUUUGACCUAACCGGUCAAAUAUUGACAAUCAAGAAUGUUCGAGAUUAUGAAACAGAUGCUAUAGUGUACGAGCUUCCAUUCAAGGUAAACGAUGGAUCAGCAACUGCAACAGCAACGCUCACUAUCCAUAUUCUGGAUGUAAAUGAGGCAGCACCUGUAGUUUCCGAUACUUCCGGAAGUGUUGACGAAGGAAGGGCAGUAGGAUCAACGGUUUCUAUUAGCAUUAGUGCCACCGAUACCGACACUACUGACAUACUAUCGUAUAGUCUAUCUGGGACAGAUGCGGCUUAUUUCAAUGUAGAUUCGUCAACAGGGGCGAUAACCACAAGAUCUGUAUUUGACCGAGAAGUCACGGCAACGUACACGGACUUGUUACUUUCAGUAUCUGAUGGUUUGCAUACAGUAACAGCAAGUCUUACUAUAACUAUUAAUGACACUAAUGAUAAUACUCCUGUAUUUGGUUCGUCGUAUUAUUUUGGAACUGUUACAGAAAAUGCUAUAAGUGGAACAAGUGUUGCAGCUAUAUCGGCAUCUGAUAGCGACAUUGGCAUAAACUCAAAUAUCAUCUUUAACAUCGCAAGUGGUGACACGGCUUCGAAAUUCAGCAUAUCGGGAAAUGACAUAGUUACUACAGCUACUACUGUAGACUAUGAAGUUGAAAAAUCUUUUACUUUGAUUAUCAAGGCAACGGAUCAAGGGUCAACUGCAAAUACAGCCACUACAACUGUUAAAAUUUAUGUUACUAGUGUUAACGAAGAUCCUCCUGUAUGGAGUACAUUUACCCCUCCUUGGACAGAUGCCACAACACCCUUCAGUUUAUCUGAAAAUGCAGCUGUAGGUACAACAAUUGUUACCAUAGUAGCAACUGAUAAUGAUGAUGGUGUAGACGGGGAGGUGACUUAUGAACUUGGCACUAUUUCAACAAGUUCUGGAGGUGGAUCUACAAGUGGUCUGUUUCGACUUGAUUCUGUUACUGGUGCACUUUCAACUAUCGACACAUUCGAUUAUGAAAAUUCGGAUGGCAUUAGCUAUUAUGAUAUUCUUGUGAAGGCUAAAGAUGGCGGUUCAACUAUACAAUCUAUAGAUAGAACUGUACGUGUCGAAUUGGUUGAUUUUAAUGACAAUGCCCCAGCUUUUUCCGCAACUAGUUUUACAGCAAGUAUAUCAGAAGUCGCAGCGAUUGGAACAACUAUCAAAGAAUUUACAAUAAGAGAUGAAGACUCGUCGACAACAAAUACGUUUAACAUUGUGAGUGGAGAUACAGGUGGGUUCUUUGAGUUUGAUGCCAACAAACUAAAGUUGAAAUCAGUAAUUGACCUUGAUACACCAACAUCAGCGUCAAAUACGUACACAUUACAAGUUACAGUAACAGAUGGUGGAACGCCAGAACUGACAGGGACAACAUACCUAACCGUAUCUAUAUCUUCUUCAAAUGAGCAUACGCCAACGUUUCUUACAAGUACCAUCAGUCAGACGGUUCCUGAGUCAGCACUAGUUGGAUAUACAGUAACAAGUUUGUCAGCAACAGACAACGAUUACAGUGAAGAUGGAGAUAUACAGUACUCUAUUGUCUCUGGAAACACUGAUAACUCCUUCCGUAUUGACGAAACAGACGGGAAACUUACUCUUAUAAAGAAACUAGACUAUGAAACAACAACAGCGUAUGUUCUUCACAUUAAGGCUAAAGAUGGCGGCACUCCAGAAAAGUCUGCUACCUGUACAGUUUCUGUAACAGUAUCGGAUGAAAAUGACAAUGAACCAAUAUGCACAACGUUAUCAGUAAUUGCAAUUCUAGAGACAGCUUCCGUUGGCAAUACGGUUACAACUUUGUCUUGUAAUGACCAAGACGGCAUCGGUAGUUUAUCAUUUAGUACAACAGAGACAAAAUUUUCUGUUGAUGCAACAUCAGGACAAGUAACUCUUGCAGAUUCUGUUGAUUAUGACACCACUGUCCAGUCAUAUGCAUUUGAUAUAACGGUCAGCGAUAGUAUUCAUUCCACAACUGUUGGUGUGACUGUUAGUAUAACAGCAGUUAAUGAGUACACACCAAGCUUUACCACUGUAACUGAAACUAUUGCUGAAGAUCUGGCGGUUGGUACUUCGCUAACAACAUUCACAGCAACGGAUAUUGAUUUUCCGCCACAUGAUAUUAUGUCAUAUGCGAUAACAGCAGUAAGCAACAGCGGAAGUGACAAGUUUUCAAUAGAUACAAGUUCUGGAGAGAUAAAAUUAUCACAGUCAAUGGAUUACGACACUUUAGCUACAAAGUAUUAUGAAAUAACUAUUGUUGCUGAAGAUGGCGGUGGUCUAAAGGGCACUGGAACUGUUACUGUAUCAGUUACAGAUGUAAACGAUAAUGCACCUUCAUGUCUGCAUUCUCUCUACGUGCAAUCCUUAGCAGAAGAUACAAUUCCAUCAACGAUUAUAAACGAUUUAGCCUGUUCUGAUGAUGAUUCUGGUACAAAUGGAGAUUUAACGUUUACCAUUACACAAUCACCUGGAUCGGUGUUUUCAAUACUGGAAUCAGGAAAUGUAUCUCUUAAACUGACAGAUUCUCUUAAUUACGAAUCAGUUACUGCAUAUGUUUUAGAAGUAUUGGUAGUGGAUGGCGGUACUCCACCUCUAUCUACGACCGUUUCAGUUGACAUAACCGUUAUCGAUGUUAAUGACGGAGGACCAAGCUUUAAUGAAAUAUAUAAUACAUCAGUUAUAGAAAAUACCGCUAUUGGUACUGCUAUAGAAACAGUAGCCGCUACCGAUCCCGACUAUUCAAAUUCAACAUAUGGAAAUCUCUACUAUUCUAUCAUAUCUGGCGAUACGGAUAGCAAGUUCACAAUUGAUUCUUCUACAGGCCAGAUAACUAUAAACGGAAACUUAGACCGCGAAACAACGGACUAUUAUUUGUUAGUUGUGCAAGCAAAAGAACAAGUUGGGACUUAUUCAGCUUCUACAACAGUAAAUGUGUCAAUAAGUGAUGUUAAUGAUAACAUUCCCAUUUGUACAUUUAUGACGUUCAGUUCAGAAAUAGCAGAGUCGACUGCACCAGCUUUAACUUUACAGACAUUUAACUGCUCAGACAUUGAUUCAACAAUCCACGCGACACUAACGUAUACAAUGGUAUCUGGUAAUACAAGCGUUUUUGAACUCUCUUCUAAUGAUUUGUUGUUGAAGACGGUAAUUAACUUUGAGUCUGAUAUUACAUCUUAUGAUCUUGUCAUACAGGUUUCGGAUGGAACAAACUUGGUCAAUAUUACAGGAACAAUUACUGUGACCGAUGUCAAUGAGGAAGCACCAGAAUUCACAACAGUUGAAUACACCAUAGAUGUAGCUGAAAAUUCUACCAUUGGUUCAACCAUUGUUACAGUAACAGCAACAGAUACCGAUACCACUGAUGUAUUAACGUAUACUAUAACUUCAUCAGCGUCAUACUUCAGUAUUGAUUCCUCAACUGGCGAUAUUCUUCUUACGAAGGAGUUGGACAGGGAGAUAGUUGACAGUCAUUCAAUAAACGUAUCAGUGUCAGAUAGUAUAAAUAGCAACUUUACAACUGUAUCAAUCACAGUGACAGAUGUAAACGAUAAUGCACCAAUUCUCAAUCCAAUUUCAUACAGGGGAACUGUGUCUGAAGAUGACGUAGCUGCGGCUAGUGUUAUACUGACAGUAGCAGGCACAGAUGCUGACGACAUACUUACUGAUGGGAAUGGAAAUAUAUCUUUUAGCAUCAUAGAUGGUGAUCCAACAAACGACUUUCAAAUCAAUGUUUCCUCUGGUGAACUGGAAACAACAAAACAGCUUGAUUAUGAAAUAACAACCUCUUAUUCGCUUGUAGUAAGAGCUGUUGACAGAGCAGGAGACAGUCAAUCUAUGUCAGCGACGGCUUUUAUAACAGUUUCUGUAACAAAUAUUAACGAAUUUGACCCGGUUUUUAAUGAUACGUAUGCAUCAUUUAUUGACGAAGACAUAGACAUUGGUACAUCAGUUUUCACCGUUUUUACCACUGACGAUGAUAGUGGAAUAGCUGGUGACGUUUACUAUUCCUGCAUACAUACCAAAUUCUAUGUUGAUUCUGAAACUGGAACACUUUAUCUGAAGGACAAUUUAGAUUAUGAAACUGCGACAUCAUAUGAAGUAAAUAUAACUGCUACUGAUAGGGGAAGCCCGGCACGUAAUGAAACUACGAAUGCCAUGAUAACUGUGAACGAUGUUAACGAUAACACUCCAGAAUGUUAUCCAUCUUUGUAUGCAACUAUUCUAGGAGAAGAUGUUACAAUUGGCACGACAUUUGUCACUUUGACUUGUGCAGAUGCGGACAGUAGUGACAACGGAAAUCUUUCAUAUACAAUCACGAGUGUCAACACCGUUGCAGGAUCUGGGUCUUUUACGAUCGAUUCAAAUGCAUCUUUAUCAACAACUUCUGGCUUGGAUUUCGAAAACACUGAAAAUCAUAUUCUUGUUAUUAACGUCACUGAUGGUGGAACAAUACAGAGAUCAACAACUGUAACAGUAAAUGUUGCUGUAACAGAUGUCAACGAGCAUGAUCCCGUAUUUCCGUCAACAGCAUAUCAACUUAGCAUAUCGGAAGCUACUUCGGUCGGAACCGUUGUACAGAAUAUUUCAGCAACUGAUUCAGAUUCUGUUGAUUUAGUUUACUACUAUUUUAACAGUACUAACUCUGCAUUUGAUAUUGACUACGUAACUGGCGAAGUAAAGGUGAAGUCAGCGCUUGACAAGGAAAUCAAUCCCAGUUAUUCUAUUAUUGUUAUUGCUUUAGAUUCAGGAACAGUUAACUCCUCCCGGUCAACAUCAGCAACUAUUGAGAUAACUAUACUUGAUGAGAACGAAAAGCCACCGGUGUUUUUACCGAGCCUUUACAUUGUUUCAUUAUCUGAGAAUUCGUCAAUUGGGUCCUCUGUCCUGUCAUUGAAUGCAACUGAUUUAGAUAAUGAUAAUAUAACGUAUACCAUAAUUUCAGGAAAUACGUUUACCACAUUUACUCUGAAUUCAACAACAGGAUUACUAGAGCUUAACUCAAGUCUCGAUUAUGAAAAUUCAACGAGUCAUUCACUUAUUGUACAAGCCGAAGAUACACGUGGUUUGAGCAGUACAGGGACUGUUCAAGUUGUUGUUGUUGCGUAUAACGAAUAUCCUCCUGUGUAUUCAGAAAAUGGUUCAAAUGUGACUGUACCAGAAAACACUACUGUUGGAACCACUAUUGUGACUGUGUUAGCAACAGACGAAGACAAGGGCGACGACGGUAUAAUUCAAUUUAGUAUUAAUACAUCAACAUCACAAUUUGCAAUCGAAAGUUCAUCUGGGGCUAUCAAACUGAUGGCUGUACUAGAUCGUGAAACGACUAAGGAGUACACUAUUGAUGUAUUAGCUGUCGACAGUGGUACAACACCAUCUAGCUUUACAACCACGUAUAGCUUACUUGUCAUCGUAGAAGAUGUGAACGAUGUAAUACCAACAUGUUCUUCAAACGCUUUGACACAUGAAAUUGCAGAGGACAGUGUAAUCUCGACAAAUCUUGUUCAACUUAACUGUUCAGACGGUGAUGAUGAUCCAAAUUUGAUAAAUAAUCAACUCAGUUACAUGAUUUCAAGCGGGAAUAAUGGAAAUGCCUUUAGUUUGAACAACACAACUGGAGAACUUAGCUUAUUAAACGGUUUGGACAGGGAAACAACGUCCUCAUAUAGCUUGAUUUUAACGGUAUCUGACUCAGGGAUUCCUGUAUUAACAACAGCCGUAAAUGCUUUUAUAACAAUAACAGAUAUCAAUGACAACUCUCCAAAGUUUACAAAUGGCACAUAUUACUUCUCGGUAGAUGAAAACAUUGCACUGUCUUUUGUUGUCGGACAGGUUCUUGCUACUGAUUUAGACUCUUUCGGAGCAGGGCUAGUUUACUACUCCAUUUCAUCUGGAAAUGAAGACGGAAAAUUUGCUGUAGACCUUUUGAGUGGUAAUGUAAAAGUUAUAUCUACCUUGGAUGCUGAGAUAACCAAUUUGUACAAUAUAACAAUAAAUGCAACUGACAACGGAAGUCCUGUUCAGUUUGAUGUUUCGUAUGUCGUAAUAAUUGUGAAUAAUGUCAACGAUAACUCUCCUAGCUGUUUACAUUCGUUUAUUUCUGCUACCAUCACAGAAAACGCAACUUACGGAGAUGACGUUGCACAGCUGACAUGUUCCGAUAAUGACGUAACCUCAGAUUUAUUAUAUUUUCUACUAAGUACAAAUCAAGAGUUCGAAAUGAAUGAAACAAGUGGAGUUUUGACACUGAAUAAUAGUUUAGAUGCAGAAAUUACACCUUCGUUUGCACUUGUUGUCAACGUAACAGACAUGAAAUAUUAUACAACUGUCACAAUAUAUGUUACAGUAAGUGAUAUUAAUGAAUACACGCCAAUAUUUUCGACGUCUGAUUCUUACAGUGUUACGAUAGCUGAAGAUUUUCCAGUAGCUGGUACUAUAUAUAAUAUAACUGCAACUGAUGAUGACUAUUCUAAUGAUACACUUGUUUACUCAAUCGUCAGUGGGAUAACAAGCUCAGAAUUUACAAUUAACUCCAACACUGGUAUAAUUAUCUUACUGAAAUCACUUGACGCAGAGAAAACCAGCCAAUACAUAUUAGAAAUAGAAGUAACAGAUGGUGUUUAUAGUAAUACAACUAAUUUAACCAUUACAGUUUCUGAUGUGAAUGAUAACGAUCCGUCUUGUGACCAAAGUGUGUAUACUGUAUCUUUUAAUGAAAACACAACAAUUGGGUCCAGUAUUGUAACUCCGAAUUGUUCUGACAUCGAUAUUUUGAAUACAGAUCUAGUAUUUUUGAUUACAUCGGGAAAUACGGACCAAAGUUUUGAAAUAAACGCCACGUCUGGCAUUUUAUCGCUAAACAAUAGCUUAGAUUAUGAAACUUCUAUACAAUACACUCUAGAUAUAUCUGUAACUGAUAAUGGUUCUCCUAACAGCACCAUAUAUAUCAAAGUUUACAUAAAUGUAAUUCCUAUCAACGAACACCCUCCAGUAUUCGGGUCAAUGGAAUAUAAUAUAUCCGUUGCGGAGGAUUUAACGUUAAAUAGUAAUGUUAUUUUGGUAAAUGCGUCCGAUUCUGACACUGGUAAUUCCCAUGGUACCAUAACUUACAUCAUAUUCUUCGGGGAUUCAACUGGUCAUUUUGCUGUUGAUACAUUGGGUCAGAUAAAACUAGUAAGAACAUUGGACAGAGAAUCGAGUGAUUUCUACAAUUUGACUAUUCUGGCUUCGGACAGUUCCACAGCGUCUGCUGAUUCUAUGACAUCAACUACUUUUGUUAGUAUAACCGUGUCUGACGUAAAUGAUAACUAUCCAAAGUUUUCUGAAAGCUCAUAUUCAGUCUCUGUAUUGGAAAAUGCUGUUAUAGGCGCUACAGCACUUAGCUUGAGCGCAACAGACGACGAUAUCAAUGAAAACGGCCAAUCAGGAUUUUUAUAUUCUAUAAUAUCCGGGAAUACAGGCAACACAUUUAACUUGUCUGACAACAAAUUAGUUUUAGCUACCGAAAUAGAUAAGGAGACAUUAUCAUCCUUCAAACUUCAAAUACAAGUACAAGACAAUGGAACAAUAUCAUUGUCAGACCAUGUUUAUAUUAAUAUCGAAAUUUUAGCUGUGAACGAGUACACUCCAACGUUUGCUAAUGAUAGUAAUUCAAUAACGGUAAGCGAAACUAUUCCACUCGGAACUAUUUUGCACACUUUUGCAGCAACAGAUCCAGAUACAGGAGAUUACGGAACAUUACGGUAUUAUAUGGCUGACAACAUUACAUAUAGUGAAUUCUUACUUGACGAGUAUAGUGGACAGUUGAUUGUUUGGUCUGCAUUAGAUUAUGACACAGCACCAACGGAAUACAACUUAACAGUCCAGGUCAUUGACACUGGAUUUAACGUUUCUGACUCUAAAUCUGACUAUAUGUGGCUAUAUAUAAAUCUAACGGAUGAAAACGAUCACACUCCAAAGUUUUCUCAAAAUGUAUAUACAUUCACCAUUCAGGAGAAUACAACUUCAGAUAGCUUGCUCGGCAGCAUUGUUGCGUCUGAUGAUGAUUCUGGAAGCAAUGGCGCUGUAACAUACUCUAUAGUUAGUGGGGAUGGCGCUAGUGUAUUUUCUGUCAAUGAAACAUCUGGUGAAAUAACAUCAUUAUCAGAUGUUGACUAUGAAACGAAAAGUUUGUUUUCGAUUGUUAUGGAAGCCAAGGAUAAUGGCACUAGCAGUUUGUCAUCACGAUGUUUAGUAAAAGUUAUAAUAACCGACAUUAACGAUAAUGCCCCCACUUUCCAACCUGACAAUUUUGCUAUUAAUAUUGCCGAAGAUUCUGUCAUUGGUUCGUCUGUCACAUCAAUGUAUGCAGUUGAUCCAGAUUCAGCGGUGUCCAACAACAACGUAUUCACCUAUAAUAUGUUUUCUGAUACUUUUACUAUUGACUCCACGACUGGUAUAAUAACAACAACCACGAGCCUAGAUACCGAAAACAUCACAAGAUAUAUAUUAAAUAUAACUGCAGUUGACCAAGGAUCGCCAGUUUUGACUGGGACAGCGACAAUUACAGUCCUUAUUGAUGAUGUUAAUGAUAAUUUUCCGAUCAUCUACGGUGAUUACUUGUCCAUAGUAUCUGAGGAUUCUGGCAUAAAUACAGUUGUAGUUAUUGUCAAUGCAACAGACGCCGAUGACGGUGUAAAUGCCGAACUUACAUACUCUAUUGAAAGCGGUAAUACUGAUGAUGACUUUAAAAUAGAUAGUGGCUUUGGACUCUUGCAGGUGGCCAAAACUCUUGAUAGGGAGAGAACAUCAUCAUACAAUUUAGUGAUAAACGUUACCGAUGGUGGAUCUACAUUAAAAUCAAGUAUUGUGAAUGUGUCUAUUACAAUUUCUGAUCUCAACGACAAUGGUCCUACUUUUACCUCUGUAACCUUCAAUUUCAAUAUCGCUGAGGAUGCUGUCAUUGGACUUGAAGUUGGUACCGUGACUUCUAAUGAUUUGGACGCUGAUAGUAAUGGGCAAAUAACAUAUUCUAUGCCAAUAUUUUGGUCGGGAUUGAAUUCCCAUUUUCAAAUCAAUGAUACGACGGGUGUCAUCUCAACAGCUGCUGCAUUAGAUCGGGAAACAUAUGAAUCGUAUACAAUACUUUGUAAAAUAGCAGACAAUGGGUCACCAACUUUCACUAACACUGUUAAUAUAUCAAUAACAAUUACAGAUGUUAAUGAUAACGAUCCGUUGUUCAACGAUACAGCUUAUACUGCAUCUUUUCCAGAAAAUCAGGCUGUUGGUACCACAUUGGUAUAUGUUUUUGCAACAGACGCCGAUAGUGGUGUUAAUAAGAACAUAAUAUUAACAAUUGAUACAUCUUCAACAAAUGGACUAACAGCUGACACGUACAUUGCUAUUGAUUCAACAUCACAAACGUUAACAGUGAAGCAAAAUAUCGACCGUGAAAUUACGUCAUCGUUUCAGUUUACACUUCUAGCUACUGAUGGUGGGACGCCAUCAAAAUCGUCUAACGCUUCCAUUAGUUUCAUUGUGGAAGAUUUGAACGACAAUGCUCCAUCUUUCUCCUCCAGCUUUUAUAAUGCAGAAAUACCAUACAAUGAUAACUGUCAUGUGACUGUUGCAGUGGUCUCAGCUAGUGACAGUGAUGAUGGUGAUAUUGUAACAUACAACCUAGCAACAACAGAAUAUUCAAAUAUAUUUAGUUUGAAUUCUACUUCAGGUGUUAUAUCAUUGGUCGCAGCGCCUGGUGAAAACACAAAGUAUGAACUGGAAAUCAUUGCAAGCGACACUGCUUUAACUAAUAGUACAGUGAAAGUUCGAGUUGACACAUUCGAAUCAGAGAGCGCAGUUGUGACAUUAUCACUUGGUAUUAACAAAACAGCUUUUGAACCGUUGGAACAAACAUUCAUUGCAGAGCUUGGUUUAGUUAUUCAGCAAAAUUACAGUACUAGUCAAACAAGAAAAUGGUGCAUUAAAGCAACAUCAGAAAGUUCAAUAGAUGUAUCAGUGUAUGUUUUGGAAAACAAUGCUACAGAAUCGGUAGAUAAUGUACCACAGAACAAAAGUAUGUUAAGCGCAGUAGUUGUACGGUCACUGCUAACGACUUCCAAUGGAUCUAUUAUUUUGUCUGGUGGUGUUUGGGACCAAUUCAACAUAACCGGUAUUUCAGCCUUUACUGCGACUGUAACAUCAACGGCUGGUUCGGCAGAUGAUCAGUGGAUUGCGUCACCUACAGGAAUUGCAGUUUUAUGCAUCAUUUGUGUACUAGUUGUAGUUGGUGUUCUUUUAACCGUUUACCUGAUAAGAACCUUGAGAAAACCAAAGAUAAAAUCAGAAGAAGAAAUGAAGAAAGAAAAAAGAUUGGAAACGAAGAUUGAAGAAAAGGACUUAGAGAAACCUCCAGAUGUUAAAAAGCAAACUAUGCUUAUAGAAAUUGAGGACGAUCUCGAUGAUUUAAAGACUUUACCGUCGACACGGCAACCAAGUAGAAUAGGUUCAGUCUUCAGUAAUAAGAGUAGAAGAACACAUGUAUCAACAGCCCUUCCGAAAGGAACACAGGGUUCGGCAAAACAUCUGUUUAGGAAUCAAAUGUCUGCGGCUAAAUCUGACAUUAAACUGGAAAAUGUGGACAAAUUUUAUGACGAAAUCGACAAAAGCAAACUACCACCGCCAGUUAUAGUGAGGGGACCAAUGCCAAAAAUAGACAAAAAGACACAUUACAAAGACAAUGAUUUCUGGAACGAUAUGGCACUUCCUAAUGUCACUGGGUUCAAUAACGUUUCAAAAGCAAAGAAAACUGAACAUAAUAGAGUUGAAAGACCAACAGUUACGCGUUUCUAUGAUGCAGCUUCUAAACAGAUUGUAGAAAUCGACUAUGCAACAGGUACCAAAAAAUACAUUAAUGACAAUUGAUAUGGUUCUGAUGAUGAUGACUGAUGACUGAUGUACCCAUAUUUUGACUAUUUUAUUAAUUGUGACUGUUUAUUUAACGCAUCAUGUAAAUAUAACGGAAUUUGAUGAGACUGUUAUUAAAGUGAGAGGGUUAGCGCUAUAGAACCAGGUUUAAUCCACCAUUUUCUACAUUUGAAAAUGCCUGUACAUACCAAGUCAGGAAUAUGACAGUUCUUGUCCAUUCGUUUUUGAUGCGUUUUGUUAUUUGAUUUUGCCAUGUGAUUAUGGACUUUCCUAAAUGAUUUUCCUCUGAGUUAAGUAUUUUUGUGAUUUUACUUUUUUCUGAUAUGUUAAAUUUGUUACAUUUUUGUUAUAAAGAUAUAUUUUGUUUUA